UGGAGGCUUUCUUGAGCUCAAAAACACGGAAGUGAAGAUAGUACACCGUUGUUUACUUGAUUUACUAACUGUACACGCUCACUAAAAAAGCCUCUUAAAAAAAAGUACAGUUUCUAACUUGUCCCGACGUGAGCUGAUCUUUUUUACGUUUACUCCGAUGAAGCCAGUUUAGCUCAACUUGUAGCGAUGGAAAUCACUCCAAAAGCAACAACUAAAUUCAAAUCUGUUUAUUCCACUCCCGAAGAAACUGGGACAGGAGACAUAAGUCCGAGUGUCUCAAGUGCAGAAAAGUCUCACCACAAACUCAGCGCUUCUUUGAGGGAGAGGCUGAAAAGAUGCAGGCGGUCCUUCACCUCUCCCAUCUGCGUGGCCAAACGUUUGUGUGUGGAUGAAGAGGAGGAUGAAGUCCAACCCCAACAAGUCCCAACAACAGCCAUCAAACAGACAGUUAAUAAUCCUCCACUGAACAGAAACGUGCUCAGUUCAAAUAACGCAGAAGGAUGCUGCAGUAUUGGACCCAUUUCCGAACCAUGUCUGAACUUGACCCAACAACUCGAGCAACUUAAAAAGGAAGUGAAAGACAAGACAGAGACUCUGAGAAGAUUAAAGAUGGUUAAGAUGUAUAGAAGCAAGAAUAAUCUUACACAACUCCAGUCCUUGAUUGACAAGUGGAGGAGCUGUGCCCAGGCUGCGCUCUAUGAACUGCAGUCAGAAGUUACCCAAGAUGGAAAGAAAGCCAGUCUAUCAGAACUCAUAGAUCUGUUUGGCUUGGAGGACAAUAUUCUGCACUUUGAUCGCACAGAGGAGGACUUCACAACAUAACAAGUGUAAUGAAAGGUUACAGAUGUAUGAGUUCAAGGCAUUCCAAAAGUUGUUUAAAACUGAGUUGGACAAUAUUUGUGGAAGACUGUUCUCUUCAAGUGUGAAAGAGCAAAUGUGUGCUGUUUCUGAGAAAUUACUGGGUUUUUGCACAAGAAGCAGCUGGUACAACAUCUUAAACUUAACAAUAACUUUUGUUUUAGUUAUAUGGACCGGUGACAAUAUAGUUUGAAAAUUUUGAAAAAACAGUUGUGAUGGUUGCCAGAUCACAGAUAUAUUGUACCGUUUUUGUACCAUAUAGAGUAAGAUUGGCACUUACCCUGUAAUGUAUUCCAGUUUUUACAUUUAAUUCUAAAAUGUGAACCAAACCUUUUCACACACACUCAUUUUGUUGCUGCUGAA